ACAAAGAAAACGAGAAAAGAUAUGAAAAGGGGGAUAUUGAGAGAGAAGGAACAGACAAGAGGUGGUGGCGUAAUCCUGUCUCGUAGAUUUGCAAAGAUCUCUCAGAUUUGGAUCACCCGAAUCUCUUCCCUUUCCUGUCAAUCAAACCUCUACCAUCUCUUGCCUCUUUUAAAAACUUCUCCUUCCUUUCCCUUCUCAUUUCAUUUCGUCUUCCCACUUUCUACUUCUCAUUUCUCGUUUCGUCCAAAGCAUCCGUCUCUACAUCGGAGAUGACCAUCGCCGGUGACCUUUUCAGGGUCAAUUUGCCUCAGGUCCUGGAUGAAUCGCCUUCAGGUUCUCAGGAACUCCAUGUUCUAGCCGUCGAUGACAGUCAUGUCGAUCGUAAGGUCAUCGAACGCUUGCUCAAAAUUUCUUCUUGCAAAGUGACGGUCGUGGAGAGUGGAACCAGAGCUUUGCAAUACUUGGGAUUGGAUGGAGAUGAGAACUCCAUUGGCUUUAAUAGUGCGAAGGUUAAUCUGAUCAUGACGGACUAUUCCAUGCCGGGGAUGACAGGAUUUGAACUUCUUAAGAAGAUCAAGCAGGAGUCAUCUAUUUUUAGAGAGAUUCCGGUGGUGAUCAUGUCUUCUGAGAACAUUUUGACUCGAAUUGAUAGGUGUUUGGAGGAAGGAGCAGAGGAAUUUCUAUUGAAGCCAGUGAAGCUAUCAGAUGUGAAACGCUUGACUGAUUUCAUCAUGACAAGUGAAAUGAGGAGAAAGGAGAAAAGAUCUCAAAAAAGAAGGCGAUCCGAUGAUCACAGUUCAUCUCCAUCUACGCUGCAAUCAACGAAGUGUAAUCCCUCUGAUUCAUUAUCAGCUCGAUUGUCACCAUUGUCACCGUCUUCCAUGCCCUCCAAGAGAUCUAGAUUACAAGCAGAUAUUGAUUAGUGCAUUCUUUGUCUCCGUUUGCCCUAUACGUUAUUCGUGUCCCGGAGCCUCUCGUGUAGACACACUAGCCGUAAAAGAUUUACUGAUGGUCCUAGAGUCACGAUUUUUGCCCCCACUAGCGGAUGUCGCCUCUGUAAAGAUGAGUUUUGUUACAAAAUUAAUAAAAGUAUUUUUUUACACGGUGAUA